CUAGAAAUUUUAGCUUCAAAAGCACAAUCAUAAUGACAGAUCAUUCAUGUGCUCAUUUUAGUGGCAUACUGUUGAACUUUAUGUACUAAACAAAAUCUUGAAAUCUAUAAAGCUGACGAACUAUGAGCACCUGUGUCAGAGGGGAAUGAGAAGUUUCAAGAGUUUGGCUGACAGAUAACUCAUUUAAGGCUUAUGUUCUAAGCAAUGUUAGUGAAUUUUUUUAAUCUUGUAUCAAUAGUCUAGCUGUCUACAACAGAUGGAGCUGUCAAAUAUGAUGAUCAUCAUCACAAUGCAGGAUUUGUUGAGUUGAAUAUGGGAAAUGAGAUGGGAAACAAUAACACAUCUGAGUUUAGAGAGGAAGAGGAGAAAGCUGAAGCUCCAGAAAAAUCUUUACUAGAAAGUGGGGGCAAUGAAGUCAAAGCGGACGGAGUUGCAGACUUUCACCAAAAAGAAGCGAGGUCAGGUUCCAAUGAUGCAGAUAGAGUAAAUGGAGGUCAUCAUGUAACAGAGAGAGAGGAAGGGAAAAAUGAAGCAUUUAAUACAGCAGAAUUUCAAGUGAUGUCUGAAAAAUCAACUGACAGAACUCAAGGGGACAAUGAGGUCCAGACUGAAUUUAAAGAUGAUGAAACAAUGGUGUUCGACUCAAAGGAGAAUGGCUCGGAUGGGAAUGAAUCUGGGCAUGAAAAGCAGACUUCGAAUCAAAAAGAGGAAGAAGGGUUAGACAAAGGUUCCAAUUUGAACACAACCAUACUUCAAUUAGAUGAACCGGAACUUGAAAAGAUUUCAGAUUUCAAGAGUAUUCAGAAUGAAUUGCCCGAUACUAAAACAGAAUCAUUAGUAGCAGAUAGCGACAAAUCCUCAGAAGAAUGCAAGGAUGUUUUAGGAUUGAGUUUGAACCACACUGACCAUUCAGCAGAUUGCGCCAUGUCAGAUUCAGAAAAAAGCACCAAUAUGAAUCAGGGGAUUGAUACCGAUCGAGAUAUGGAUAAGGAGAAGGAUAGAGAGAGAGGAAAAGGUUCCAACUUCAACAGGAUAACACAUGCAUCAGAUGAUCCAAAAUCUGAAAACAUUUUAGAUCUUGAGUCUACUCAGAAGGAAUCUCCUGAAACCAAGUCUGAAGCAAUGGUAGGAUCAAGUGAUGAAUCCCCACAAGAAAGCAAGUAUGGUUUAGAAUCUAGUUUGGAACACACCGAGGCCAGCAGUUAUGUUAUCGACACACAAAAAUCCACUAAUGUGGAUCAUAUUGGUGCGGAGACCGGCGCAGAGGUGGAGAAGGAAAAGGAUGGGCUAAUAGAGCCAAGGUUAUGCCAUGAAGAUAUAACGCCAGCUGCAAAAAUUGUCGAUACUAAAGAUGAAGAAACUGAGACGGAUUUGGCAAGUCAUAAUUCCUCUAGUUCACAAUCAGAUGAGAGUCUGGUGAUAGAAUCACCCAAGCCAGCUAUGCAAGUUCCUGAGGUUGAUGACAGAUGCACGGUUUUGAAAGAAGAAAUCCAAAUGAAAGAAGAACCUUCAGGAACUGGAACAGUCGUUCAAGACAAUAUUCCAACUCAAUUUAAGAUUUCAAAUGGGAUCCAAGAGGAAUUUAGUACGAUUGGGUCACACUCCGAGAACAGUGCAAAAGAAACCGAGGUUUCUCCAGAUUCUGUUAUCCAGAACAAGAACCAGAACGAGGCUCCUGGAGAGGAUUCCGAGGGCUCAGACGGAGAAUAUCUGGAAAUUUAUGAACAAGGUAUUGCUAUUUUAACUUUAUCUGGUGUUGGAGAUUGCAACUGUAAGAAUGAGGAGAUGGGCGAGGCGACAGAAAUUUCAACAAACACUGGACGUGAAGCGGAAAGAAGAGAAUCGGAGCAAAGUCUAUCUGAACCUGUUUUAGGGUUUCAACCUCAAAUCCAUCUACAGGAAACGUCAAUCGGAUUCCAAUCUGCAGAAAUUACAGAUGAAUCAAUCAUAGCACCGAGGCAAGAAACCGAGACAGAAGUUGAAAAAUCCAAGAGAAAUCCCCCAGACUCUUCACCAGCUUCAGCAACAUCCACAGAAACUAAACCAUCAACAAAUCCGAUCGAUGAACAGAGUGUAACAACACUUCCAUUCUCUACAUUUAGAGAAAAAGAUCAAGAGACUCCAGGAAGAACAAGCAAUGAAUCAAAUUCCGACAGUUCAAUUGGUCAUAUAGAGAUGCGUAAAUCGCCUAGCUUCAACAUAGAUAUCCAAAGCGAAGGAAGGGCAGGAGAAACAGAGAAAAUUCCAUUGCUAUACCAAAUUAAGACAAUCGAAGACUUACCAAAUCUGCAAGAGAUCAGCUUCCCAAACCCGUCGGAGAAGCGAGUUGUGACGUUGGGAAGAAGCGAUUCUGAGAAAUCGAGACCUUCAUUCCCAGGGUUUGCGAAAGAAAAAGAAGAAGUCCAGAUGGAAAUCAAAGCAAUUAAUCAACACAACUUAACCACCGCUAAGAAGGCAGCGGAAGACUCGCCGCCGACACCGCCGAUCCGUAAAGGGAAGCGCAGAACCAAAUCCCUAAUAUUUGGAACCUGUAUCUGCUGUGCUACUGCGAUUAGAUGAACGGAUUUUCUCCGGAGCAUCCGGCAUUCAAAUUUUCAGAGUGGAUUUCUUUCUUUCACUGAUUUUUUUUUACCCUUUUUCAGUUUUCUGAGAGUGGAGAUGGGCUUGGGGAUUGUCAAUGAGGGAGAGAUAGAGAGAGGUUGGUGUUUUCCACUCAGAAUCAGUAUGGAAAGAGCGAGAACGCAAUGAUCGGCAUGAAGUUCAUCGCGAUCUUCGCCUUCGAAAAGAAAAGAUUGUUGCACUUUGUUACUGUUCGUAUGAAUUCCUUUUCUUCCCGCCAAAAUACAUUCUAUCUUGUGGUUCGAAUUUGACUUCAUUUA